AUGGCUUCUCUUUGUGAUUUCUGUGGGAAACAAAGGUCAAUGAUCUACUGCAGAUCAGAUGCGGCAUCGUUGUGCUUAUCAUGCGACCGUAAUGUUCAUUCAGCUAAUGCGCUGUCUCGGCGUCAUACAAGGACCCUUCUUUGUGAUCGUUGUGGUUCACAGCCUGCAUCAGUCCGAUGUCUUCAGGACAACGCAUCACUUUGCCAAAACUGUGAUUGGAAUGGGCACGAUGCAGCAUCAGGGGCUUCUGGGCAUAAAAGGCAGGCCAUAAACUGUUACUCAGGGUGCCCCUCAUCAGCAGAGCUUUCGAGAAUCUGGUCAUUUAUUAUGGAUAUCCCGACUGUAGCUGCUGAGCCCAACUGUGAGGAUGGACUAAGCAUGAUGACAAUUGAUGACAGUGAUGUGACGAAUCAUCAUGGUGCUUCAGAUGAUAAAAGACUGUUGGAAAUAGCUAACACAACACUCAUGAGCGAUCCACCUUCAGCCGACAAGCUUAAACCUCUGAUAGGCUCUUCUUUCGGAGAUGGGUUUGAUGUUCUGCCUCUAGCCACAGAUCAGCCUGCUGGACCAGUUUCAGUGACGCCUAAGGUACCUUAUGCCAGAGAUGACGAUAAGUUCAAUGAUGGCAUGUAUGAAGACUUAUGUGUGGAUGAUGCUGACCUGACAUUUGAGAACUACGAAGAGCUAUUUGGUACCUCUCACAUUCGAACAGAGGAACUCUUUGAUGACGCUGUAAUUGACAGUUACUUUGAAACAAAGGAAACACCAGCUUUUUUCAACGAGCAGCCCAAAACUAUGCAGCUAGAAUGUAGCAAUGUAGUAUCAGCUGAUUGUGGGAUGUCAAACCCAGGGGCAAGGGCAGAUUCCAGCCUUUGCAUUCCUAUUAGGCAGGUCAGAUCUAGUAUAUCCCAUUCCUUAUCUGGUUUGACUGGUGAGAGCAGCGCUGGAGAUCACCAAGAUUGUGGGGUGUCACCAAUGCUCCUCAUGGGUGAGCCUCCUUGGCAUUCUCCUGGUCCUGAAGGCUCAGUUGCUGGAGGCAGCAGAGAUAGCGCUCUCACACGAUACAAGGAGAAGAAAAAGAGAAGAAAGUUUGACAAGAAGAUCAGAUAUGCCUCUCGCAAGGCUAGGGCAGACGUGAGGAAGAGGGUCAAGGGACGGUUUAUAAAGGCUGGUGAAGCGUAUGACUACGAUCCACUAAGCCAAACUAGAAGCUACUGA